GAAAGCAAAUCCCCAAUUGUCCAUUCUUCCCUUAUUACAAGUCUAAGUCGCUGCAAUGAAUGGACCAGUUGCAUUUGGCUACUCUCGAAUUUCUUCCUCCCAUGGUGCAAUCAUGUGCCCCACUCUUUGGCAACUUGUUCUGCCUUCAUAGAUUGGCACUGCAACAAAUUAUUCAAUGAUUUCAAGUUCUAAAUCGGAAAGGAAAAAACAAACGAAAAACAAUUUGAAGUUGGAAGGAACUUCUCUGUUUUUGGUGCUCAAGGUCAUGGAGAGAAGUUGUUUCCUCUUGUCAAUCACCUUCUUGCUGGUGCUGCAGCUGCAGUACAGUUCUAUAGGCACAGUAGGUGCAGCACAAACCAACAUCACCACGGACCAGUCUGCUCUUCUUGCUCUGAAAGCCCAUGUCACUAGUGACCCUCACAACAUCUUGGUCAAUUGGUCAACGACCACCUCUGUUUGCAAUUGGGCUGGCGCUGUUUGUGGUGCUCGUCACCUCAGAGUAGCAUCAUUGAAUCUCUCGUACAUGGAUCUCACAGGCACCAUUCCAUCAUACUUAGGCAACCUCUCAUUUCUUGUUGAGCUGGACUUAAGAAACAACAGUUUUCAUGGCACCCUGCCCCAUGAAUUGUCUUAUUUGCAUCGCCUCAAGUUUAUUAGCUUCAAAUUCAACAAUUUUAUGGGAUCCAUUCCAUCAUGGUUUGGGUCCUUCCCCAAACUUCAAAUCUUCAGUUUGCAUGGCAAUCAGUUUUCAGGUUCCAUACCUACGGCUAUCUUCAACUUGUCUACAUUGCAAGUCAUAAAUCUAAACAUGAACAAACUAUCAGGUGCGAUCCCCAGAGAAAUAGGGAACUUAACAAUGUUGAAGGAGAUACACCUUGACUCCAACAAUUUCAAUGAAAUUCCAAAAGAGAUCGGCUUUUUAUAUCAGCUGGAGAAGUUGUAUGUGCAGCGUAAUGCCCUAAAAGGCCCUGUUCCUAUGGUUGUUUUCAACAUGUCUUCUUUGACUACGUUGUCUCUAUAUGGAAACAACUUGAGUGGUGGUCUUCCAGACAAUAUAUGCCAACAUCUUCCUAGUCUUCAAUCCUUGUAUUUGGGUAGCAACCAGUUUGAUGGUCCACUUCCAUCCAAAUUAUGGCAAUGCAGAGAGCUUCUUCAGCUUAAUUUGGAGGAAAACAAUUUCAACGGAAGCAUACCAAAAAAUAUUGGGAACUUAACAAUGAUGAAGCUUUUAUCCCUUUACCACAAUACUUUGACGGGCACUAUACCAAACGAGAUCGGUGAUCUUCCAAAUUUAGAGUUUUUGGCAUUCGGAGCUAAUGACCUCAGCGGAGUAAUCCCCAACCUCUCCAAUGCUUCUAUGCUCAUCAAGACAGAUUUGGGCCGAAACUCAUUUACAGGGUUUAUUCCGAGGACACUCUGUGCCUUAAAAAACCUUCAGUUUCUUAACUUAGGAAGAAAUAAUUUGACGAUUGAUACUUCCACUCUCUCUUGUUUGGCUAAUCUUGGAAAUUUGACAACACUAACUUUGGAAUUUAAUCCGUUAAAUGCCAGACUUGAUCAUUCCUUUCGGAAUUGCUCUACAUCGUCGCUACAAUAUCUUUAUUUAUUCAAUUGCAGCAUGAGGGGUAACAUUCCCAUUGGUAUUGGCAACAUUAGCAGCUUGGUAACCUUAGCCCUGGCAUACAAUGAAUUGAGUGGAUCAAUUCCAACUUCAAUGGGAAGACUUCAAAAUCUCCAAGGUUUGUAUUUGGAUGAUAACAAGUUGCAAGGAUACAUCCCAAAUGAACUUUGUCAACUAGAUAACCUAGUUGACUUAUCUCUGGGUGGAAAUCAGCUUUCUGGUUCUAUACCUUCUUGCUUGGGCAAUCUAGCCAGAUCUCUCAGAAAUCUAUCACUGGAGUCCAAUUCAUUGAGUUCCACAAUACCAUCUACUCUCUGGAGACUGGCCUAUAUCUUGUAUGUGAACUUAUCGUCCAAUUCUCUAAUUGGACCUCUCUCACAAGAUAUUGCAGAGUUGAAAGUUGUGGUAGGUGUAGAUUUAUCAAAUAACCAUUUAUCUGGUGUUAUACCAAGCACCAUUGGGGGUCUUUUGGAUUUGGAAAUUCUAUCCUUGGCAAAUAAUAAUUUGGAUGGCCCUAUUCCAAGUUCAUUUCAGCACUUGAUCAGCCUGGAAUUCUUGGAUUUAUCCAGAAACAAUAUGUCUAGCGUGAUCCCAAGGUCUUUAGAAGCUCUCUUACAUCUUAACUACCUGGAUUUGUCCUUCAAUAGGCUUCAAGGAGAAAUUCCAACAGGUGGACCCUUCCAAAAUUUCUCCGCUCAAUCAUUUGUCUCAAACAGUGCACUUUGUGGUGCAGCUCGAUUUCAUGUUCCACCAUGCAAAAAUAGUACACUUGAACCAAAUUGGAAGAAAGCUAAAUAUAUCAUUGCAGGGAUCAUAUUAGUAGUUCUCCUAGUCGCCUCUGUAUUUAUCUUUCUACUACGGAGGAAAAGGAAUGCAGAAGUUUCAAUAGAGGCUACCUUGUUCUCUCAACUUCAUUGGAGAAGAGUUUCACACCUUGAACUUCUAAGGGGGACGGAUGGAUUUAAUGAAAAUAACUUACUUGGAAGUGGGGGUUUUGGCUCAGUAUAUAAAGGGACACUUUUAGAUGGAAUAGAUGUUGCAAUAAAGGUUUUCAGUUUACAGCUAGAAGGGGCUUUCGAGAGUUUUGAUAGGGAAUGUGAAAUGCUAAGCAAUAUUCGUCAUCGAAAUCUUAUCAAAAUCAUCAGUUGUUGCAGUGAAAUUGAUUUCAAAGCCUUGGUACUGAACUACAUGCCUAAUGGGAGCCUCGAAAAGUGGUUGUAUUCUCAAAACUCUUCUCUGAAUAUCCUAGAGAGGAUGAAUAUAAUGGUAGAUGUUGCAGUGGCAGUGGAAUACCUUCAUCAUGGUUAUUCAGUACCUAUUGCCCACUGUGAUUUGAAGCCCAGCAAUAUACUACUAGAUGAUGAUAUGGUUGCGCAUGUUGCUGAUUUUGGAAUUGCAAAACUCUUGGGUGGAGGAGAUUCUAUAACACAAACCAUGACCCUAGCCACAGUUGGGUAUAUGGCUCCAGAGUAUGGAAUGGAAGGAAUAGUUUCAACAAGAGGUGAUGUGUAUAGUUUUGGUAUUGUGCUCAUGGAAACAUUCACAAGAAGGAAGCCAACAUAUGAGAUGUUUGAUGGGGAAAUGAAUAUAAAGCAAUGGAUUGCAAACUCACUAGUAUUACCAGAUGCAAAGAUAGAUGAAGUUGUGGAUGCCAAUUUGCUUGGGAUUGUGACACAGCAGGAAGACGAUGAUCAUGUGAGGAAGAGGGAUUGCAUAUCAGCCAUUAUGAGAUUAGCUCUUACUUGCUGUGUGGAAUCACCAGAAGAGAGGAUAAGUAUGAAAGAAGCUGUAGCCACACUCAACAAAAUCAAGACAAAGUUUUUGAAGGGCGCUGCUGCAGGAAGAGGUGUGCUGUUAAACCGUCCUCUUAUUCAGCAGCGCUUCAAUUAA